UUCUGGGUGUGUUCAUGGUGUGUGUGUGUUUGUUCCCUACUCACUGUGUGCAAAUGUCAUGACUUUCACUUCACUUCAUAUUUUCUCAUGGGUCCCCUGAGCUCUGACUGCAUAGCACAAGUUGUUUCUGCCCUAAAUAUAGAGUUGGCUUUUCCAUACAAUGUCAAAUGUAACUUGAAUCCGUAAGUUAAGUCACAGCAUGUCACUUGCUGGCUGACCUGCUGAGUUCCUCUCACUCUGAGCCACACUGCCUGAUGGAGUCUAUGGGAGCACUGUGCAGUCCCAAUGGGGCCAGCUCCAACAUACUGAGCUUGCCAGCAUCCUGCCCCUGGGAUGAGGACGAGGAGUCACUGGGUCUGGAAGGAAUCAGGCCUAAAUCUUCACCCAUACCGAGACGGCGGAGUUCAGUGUCCUCCGAUGACUCCUUGUUUCCCCCUUCUAGCAGCAGAAGAGUGUCCUUUGCUGAUGCCUUCGGUUUGAGUCUCAUCUCAGUGAAACAGUUUGAUACUUGGGAAGUAACUGACCAAUCAGGCUCUCUAGAGAGUGACUUGAAUGAAGAUAAGGAGUAUUACAUGGUUCCUCUCUUCACUCUUCCACAGACCGCUGAGGAGUUAGCCUUGCGGGUUCACAAGCAGAAGCUAGAACUGGAGAGUUUGGAGUUGCUUUCUGGGACUACAACCCUUAGAGGAACCAUUCGCGUGCUGAAUAUUUGUUUUGAUAAGACGGUCUGUGUACGUACCUCUUUAGAUUCAUGGAAAAGUCAUUUUGAUCUGUUGGCAGAGUACGUACCUGGGUCAAGCAAUGGUGGGACGGAUUGUUUCUCCUUCAAACUCACACUAGUACCCCCAUUUGGAGAAAAGGGCACUAGGGUCGACUUCUGUUUGCGUUAUGAAACAUCUUUAGGCACUUUUUGGGCAAAUAACAAUGAAAAUAACUACUCUCUGUUUUGUUGGGAGAAAUCAAAGGAGAAAUCCCAAAAUGAAAGUGAAAACAGAAAAAAAAGCUGUCUGAAAACAACCAGCCCAGAUGUCUCUGCUUUGACUGUUGCAGACACAAAUAAUGAAGAAUUUCCGGUUAUACAUCUAAACUCUGAAUCUCUAAAUGAAACCUCUAAGAAUCUUGAAAAGGAAAGCAAGGAAUUAGUGGAGGAAAUAAGCAGAAACAACAGCCAAAGAAACAGAAGAAAGGCUGCACGAUUGGAAAAGGUUAAGUAGCACUUUGCUAAAAUGGAAGAAGAAAAUAAACAUGAGACCAAGAAAAAAGAGAGUGAAGUUACGGCAGAGACCAGCAUGCAGUAAUGUGGAUCAUUGCUGGAGAAGACACAAUGCAUUCCCCUUUUACAAUAUACUACUCAACAACCAACAUGUAACCAGCUAAGUCCCUGAAAUAUGAAGAAAUAGAUUUUCAGUCUAGUGGAGAUUCCAUUGACAUCUUAAGCCAAGCUUUAACACAAGAUGAAGAAGACAACAUAAUCCACUCCAAGACUCAUUUAUCUACAGAAAACACAAAUCUACCCUUGGAAGACUCCAUCAGUUGUGAUGAAUCAAUUGCAUUCUCAGCUUCUGAGGUCCUGGAAGACAUCCAACAUACUGACUGCAUUACUGACCAAACAGUUUCAAUCAAUCAGGCUGUUCCAGUAAGCCAAAAUCCCGACUGAUGCUAAGCUAGGAAUUAAACUCUAAGAUGCAUGAGGGCACGGAUAUUAGCAAUGGCAAACCAAGAGAAUGUGAGUUUAAUAAACUAAUUCAGAGGCUCAGCUGUGUUCCCAUGGCUUCACAUUUGGGACCACUUUAUCACCAGGUUUUUAAAAACAUUGAAACUUAUUUUGCAAACCCGUUGGAUGGGUCAUUUAAGGAACUGGAGGAUGAGAGUCAAAGAGUGAUCAAAGCCCAUGAGACCCCAGACAUUUGGUCAGAGACUUGCUUAUCUACAAAACAGACAGUACAUGAUAUUAGUGUUAGCAUCUGAAAAGACUCAGCAGUACAGACCCCCAAAACAUACAGUAAACGCAACCCAAAACUCUCUUUCUGAGCCAAAUCAGUGUAAACAUGUUGAGAAGGCAGAAGCUUCUUACAAUCAAAAUUAUUAUUAGAAUUAUACUCAUUUAUGUAAUAACAUCAGAUUUACUGAAACAAACCUUGCAAAAGUUACAUCCAGGCAGCCAGAUCCCCCACUUGGAGAAGCUUCAACAGCGUGCACACAAGCUUUCACUGAAUGCUCGUUCCAGGAUGAUUCCUGCCAAAGUCUGUGUUUAUUUCCCCUACAAGGAGCAGAACUUUUAGCCACUACAAAUCAAACAAUAGAGUCAGGUAUUGACAGCCUACCUGAAAACAUCCAUCUUUCAUCACCCACAGAGGUUUUCAUGUUUGGAUAAUCAGAGGUCCUCUAUGAAAACUGAAAAGUCACAAAACCAGGAAGACCCUAUAAAUAUCCACACCAAAGAGGAAAAUAUAUCUGUGGAAACAGAAUAUUCAAUAUUCAAUCAGAGCCUCUUGCCCAAUCUCUGGAGGACCCCACAAGGAUCAGGUUGGGUUCCUCUGAUGAUAAAUUAGAGUCUGACUGCUGUGAGAUGAGAUUGAGCAUUGAAAAACUUUCUCUUUAGCAAUAGCAACGGCUACGCCAAUAUAACCGUAUACAGAAUUGGAGAAAACACAGACAAAUAUGAGCAGUACUUUGGAGAGCUGCCAAAUAAAUGAAAAGAAGAAACAAAUGCUCAUGGGUUUUUUCUACACAGACUUCAGAGAUGGAGAGCUCCAGUUUUAUUCAUUUUGAUGGAAAAUGUAACACAUCAGUGAUUAAAGAGAUCUCUCGGUCUGGAAGAGCUUUUGAAAAGGGAAAUGGGAAUCAAAUUAAGCAGAUGGAGAAGCAGAAACAAGACAACGAGGACAAAGACCAAGAAGCAGAACAAAAAAAUGAAGUUAAAGGAGGAACAAAAAGCACUGAAAAUUAGUUAGAAAUACAUAGAUGAUGAACAGGACUUGGAUGCAAUGGAAACUGAGAGAGAAAAGAAACAACAAGCAGAUGCACAUGAUCUCUUGAUUCUCAAGAUGAAGAGGAGCAGAAGCAGAUCAUUAGUACCGACACUGUUAAAUCAUUACCACAACAUCAUAUUGACUUCAAUGAAAUAGAAAGUGUGAGUAAGUACUCAGAAAAAAAGAGGACAAGCACAUCAACUAUGGAUUAGAGAUCUGUGAGGAAAUUGCUACAUCUUGGCAAGAAUCAUCUCAAAAGAGUAAUAUUGAAUUCAUAUGCAAGCUAUGGAGAAUGAUUGGAACCUCAUUACCUUUACUGAUAAAGAAAAAAAUGUGUGCUGUGAAAGUGUGAAACGUGAACAGGAAACUACUGUUGAUGUAAACAGUAUGCUGGAAAACUUGGAAUGCCUGGCAAAAGACUCAGUGAAAACGUUGAAGACAAUACCUCAACAGAAUCGCAGAUAGAUGAUAAAAUGGAGCUUUACCUCAACAGUCAGUGUUCAGAGAUGAGAGCACAAUGAGUGGAAACUAUGGCAAAAUACCUUUCUUGAGCAGAGGGAGGCUUUAAGCUUUACCUUCAAUCUCUGAGUGUGUGGACGAAGACCAGCCGAGUAGUUUCAUAGAGGAUUUAACAAAUAUUGAGUACAACAGGAAGCAGGAGAGAGCUACACUGCCCCUAGUUCAUGGGAUUGAACGUGUUAUUUGUACAUAAUGUCUUGUGGUGGAUUGGAUACACAUUUUUGUUGAUAGUGUUUUUGGUCACAGCAUAUUAUUAUGACUUCAUUGCAUGUUUUGCCAUAUAUGUUCUUACACUGUAUUGGCUGUUUUAUCAAGGGGAAGAAGAGCCGAAAAGCUCCCAGAAAGGUGAAAGAGGACUGAAGUUAAUAUAAUUUACUCGUCAACAUUUGUUGGAGAGCUUAGAAAUGUGAAUCUAAAUGUUUCGUACACAUACAAUUGUUGUACAACAACAUUGGAUUAUGUGGGACUAUUUAUCUCACAAAAUUUCAUAAUGGCAAAGACUUUUAUAUUAAUUUGCCAUUACACAUUGGUCAAUAGGUAUACAGUAUUUCCUUAUUUUAUUAUAUUUUCCUUAUUUUCCUUUGCUAUAAAUGAGGAGAUUAUAUGGGGUCUUUAUAUGUAGAAAUCGUUGGGUUUUGUGUUAAUGGUGCCUGGGACAGUGAUGUUUAAAGGACCACUGGUGAGUAAAAAGUUACUCACCGGAUUAUAAAUGAUAAAUCUUGAAAAAAGGAUAGCUUUUAGGAUAGCAUCUUUUCUUUUUUCUUUUUUUGUUGUUGAGUAUUUUAAAUAAAUUAAAUAUUGUGCAGCUGU